GUUACUCGCUAUGUGCCUUGAUUUUCCCAGAGGUCAUAUUGUUGUAUCAUAUUGCUAUCUGCGCUCUACAAUCUCGUGCUUUGUUUGGGUUCAAAAGUCCAUACUCUGUACUGUUAUACUUGCAUACCGUCCAAGUCUAUCUGACAUUAAUGUAUUUUUGAUUUUUCGUGGUGUUUGGCUCGUGUUGUUGAAUCCGCCACCGCGCAUGGCCUGUCUCACUUGCUAAAGACACAGCCACCCUGAUUAUAUACCUACCAGACACACCUAUAUUUCCCGAAUGGCAUCGCCAGAACCGCAAAUUUCCGGCGAAACCUCAGGUUAUUCCACAACACCGGCUCUUGUGCCUACAUACUCUUCGAAUCAUUCUGGUCGACGAAGCCCCGAUCCAGACAGAGCACGAACGGACCAAGACAUUAUUCCCUCGCGCAACGACGACGACGAACACGAACACGGAGCUCAACCUCUGCGAAGAAACUCUGCUUUUCUCGAAGUCGGACUCGGUGGCAACGAUGCGAUCGUGGACGCGAAGCUGAAAGACGGCCCGCGACCGAGACUGCAGGUUCGCUUUCGAAGUAAAGUCGACGUUGUCGAGCCUGAUCCUGCCGACUGUGUAGACUCCUUUCCGGCAAACAGGCGAGCGACGGAGCAGAUGCCUUUCUUCGUCCCUACCCUACCGAGGCUGCUCUUCCUGGCCUUAGUGAUCGUCCUGAUCAUCCCGAGUCUACAUACCACACCUUUAUUCAAAGUCGAUGCCAAUCCUGUCGGGACAAGGCCUGGACCGUUGGAAAAUGUGCAGGUGCCACGCAGCAAGAGAGAGCUACCUGCUCCCAAUAAUGUGAAGAGAGAAGAUAGUCCUACCGACGUGUGCAAAAGGUGGGCAGGACAAAGUGCCGUGGUCAAUGGCACGUUAUACUAUUACGGAGGCAGAUCGACCACGUCUACCGACCAGACGACGAACGAAUGGACUAAUGAUUUCCUCGCUGUCAACUUGACAAAAUCAUGGCAGAUCUCGACGCCAUCACUGACGGGCCUGCCAGUCCCAAGCGGACCACCCGCAGUUUCGCUAGGUUACUUGUGGAAUUCAUUCGACGCUCUAUAUUUGUACGGCGGUGAAUUCUCAGACAGCCCUGCCGAGUCACCCGUGCCCUUUUCCACGUGGUCUUACGACAUCUCCUCUUCCUCCUGGACGGAAUUGUCGAACCCGAAAACGAGCUCUGGCGACAACUCGGAGCCCGCAAACCAACCGGUCCAACGCGCAGCCGAAGGCGCAGGCGUGUCUGUCCCCAGCAUCGGCCGCGGCUUCUACUUCGGCGGCCAUCUCGACGGCUACACCACGCCCGGCUGGUCGCAGUCGAUCGCGCGCGUCUACAUCAAAGGCCUCCUCGAAUACACGUUCCCAGGCUACACCAACGACGCCGUGUCGAAUACCGGCACGGCGGGCUCGGCUGGGAUCUACCGCAACAUCACAGAAGGCGGGGUGCAGGACUCGAGCGGGUUCCCGGAACGUGCCGACGGCGUGCUCGUCUACGCGCCGGGCUACUCGAAGCAGGGCAUCAUCAUCGGGCUGGCGGGCGGGACAAACGCGACAUUCACGCAGAUGAACGUGAUCGACGUGUACGACAUCGCGAGCUCGACGUGGUACAAGCAGGCCACGAGCGGGCCCACGCCCGAGAUCCGAGUCAACCCGUGCGCCAUCGCCGUGUCCGCGGCCGACGGCACCUCGACGCAGGUGCACAUGUACGGCGGUCAGAACCUGGUGCCCUACGGCGAACAGGUCCAGUACGACGACAUGUGGAUCCUGACGGUCCCGAGCUUCACGUGGAUCAAAGUCGACACGAGCGACCAGGCCACUCCCGGUCCCCGUGCCGGACAUACCUGCAACGUGUGGAACGCGCAGAUGGUCGUCGUGGGGGGCUACGUCGGGCAGGGCUUGUCCUGUGACAGUCCCGGUAUCUACGUGUUCAACACGAGCAGUCUGACGUGGCAGAACGGCUACUACGCGCUGAACAGCGACGAUGAUUUGAAUCGUCAAAAGAGCCAGCAGGACGACGCUUCGGCGUUGCAGGGCAGCUACGGGUACGAAGUCCCUCUUUUGGUGCAGAGCGUGAUCGGCGGCAACGGCGUCGGCAAAGCAACAGUCACGGCGCCCGCGCAGACAGCGACCCAGGGCCCCCUCGCGACGGGCCAGCCGCUCACGUACAGCGUCACAGCGACCCCCGGGGCAAGCGGGACGAGCAGUCCGAGCAGUGGCAACGGCGGGAGUGGAUCUGGCAGCGGCGGUGGCAGUAGUGGCGAAGGCAGCAGUGGCGGUGGUGGGACCAAUACCGGCGCCAUCGCCGCGGGCGUUAUUGCGGGCUUGUUCGCCGUGCUGGCCGCGUACCUGGGCUUCUGCGUCUGGCUGUACCGCAAGCAGCUCAAGAUCUACAAGAACCAUGUGUUUAUGGCGCAGCGCCAGCAUCUGUCCGACGAUCCACGGUACAUUGGCGGCCACGCCGGAGCAGCCGGAGCAGCCGGUGCAGCAGGCGGCCUCGCGAGCAGCCAGAAGUACAGCGACAAGAGCCAGACGGACAGCCGGAACAGCGCGGACAAUCGCUCCGGCAAUGGCAGUAGCAGGUCCGCCCGCGCGAACCAGUUGAACAGUAAUAAUCCCUACAGAAACGUGCCGGGCGGGGCGGGCAGCGCGACGGCCGCGAGCAGUACCGAGGACUUGAUGGCAGGGCAGGAGCCGAGUUUCUUAGGUGUCGUGUUGAAUCCCAGACGCAGUCUCAGGGUUGUUAAUAGGGACUAAUGUCUUAGCCUGCGUGCCUGCGAAGGGAAAACCCACGGGUAUGAUGUUUAUGAAUUUUUGCUUCUGGUAGGAUGGAAGAAGGUUGCUGUGUAUUGAAUAGGAUAGGACACAACCUGGAAUCUACCACACGGUAUAUACGCAAAUGGCAAUGCACAUGCAUGGAAAAGAAAGCAUUUCAG